UGCACACUGUGUGAUGGCGCAAAACGGGAUUAUAGAAAACGGGCAGACAGAAGGGGAAAGAGCAGCUCUUCCUCAGCCAGAGAGGGUUACAGAGGUCAGGUACACCAAGAUCUUCAUCAAUAAUGAAUGGUACAAUUCAGUAAGCGGAAAGAGAUUUGCAACAUACAAUCCAGCAACAGGUGUCAAAAUCUGUGACGUGGAAGAAGCCGACAGGCUGGAUGUAGACAAGGCGGUGGAGGCGGCCAAAGCAGCCGGUAAGCGGGGCUCUCCGUGGAGGAAGAUGGACGUGUCGAGUCGAGGCCGACUGCUGAACAAGCUCGCUGACCUGAUGGAGAGAGACCGCACUCUCCUCGCCACACUGGAGACAAUGGAUACAGGAAAACCCUUCCUCCACUCAUUCUUCAUUGACCUGGAUGGCAGUAUCAAAACUCUGAGGUACUACGCUGGCUGGGCAGACAAGAUACAUGGCAAAACAAUGCCAGUUGACGACAACUUCAUGUGUUUCACCAAACACGAGCCCAUUGGAGUCUGCGGAGCAAUCAUUCCGUGGAACUUCCCGCUGCUGAUGUUCGUGUGGAAGAUCGCCCCGGCCCUGUGCUGCGGUAACACGGUGAUCGUCAAGCCGGCUGAGCAGACACCCCUCACGGCUCUCCACAUGGGCUCGCUGAUCAAGGAGUGUGGUUUCCCCCCUGGGGUUGUGAACAUCUUGCCAGGUUUUGGGCCUACCGCUGGAGCAGCCAUAUCCAGUCAUAUGGACAUUGACAAGGUGGCCUUCACCGGGUCCACAGAAGUUGGAAAAUUAAUCAAAGAAGCAGCUGCUAGAAGCAACCUGAAAAGAGUGACUCUGGAGCUCGGAGGGAAAAACCCCUGCAUUGUCCUAGCCGACGCAGACUUGCAGCUGGCCGUGGAGGAGGUCCAGCGAGGUGCUUUCUUCAACCAGGGCCAGUGCUGCACAGCGGCCGCGCGGGUCUUCGUGGAAGAGCCGGUGUAUGAGGAGUUCGUGCGCCGCAGCGUCGAGAGCGCCAAGAAGGUGGCAGUGGGGGACCCCAUGGACCCGCGGAUGUCGCACGGACCCCAGAUUGACCAGAGGCAGGUCGAUAAGAUCCUGGACCUGAUCGAGGCCGGCAAGCGAGAGGGAGCCAAGCUCGAGUGCGGAGGCUGCGCCGUGGAAGACAGAGGACUCUUCGUUCAGCCCACUGUGUUCUCGGGCGUCAGAGACCACAUGCGCAUUGCCACCGAGGAGAUCUUCGGACCAGUGCAGUGCAUAUUCUCAUUUAAGAGCCAGGAGGAGGCAAUAGACAGAGCCAACAGAACGCAAUACGGCCUGGCUGCAGCUGUGUUCACACGCGACAUGGACCGGGCCCUGAGCAUUUCGUCCGCCCUGCAGGCUGGCACUGUGUGGGUGAACUGCUACAACGCUCUUCACGUUCAAGCUCCAUUUGGCGGCUACAAAAUGUCAGGAAACGGAAGAGAACUCGGAGAGUACGCCUUGGCGGAGUACUCUGAAGUGAAAGCAGUUACCAUCAGGCUCACAGAGAAACCCUGAAAGGGGAACAAGGCACUUCUGCGGAUGCCAGCUCUGAUAUGGGAGGACGAGGACAGUCUGCUGAAUAGGCAGUCACGCAUCUCCAUCUCCGCUCCACUCGCUCUUGCACUGGGUGCCACCCGAGAGACAGCUGGAAAAGAAUGGAGAUUUGCUCUUGGCACAACUGACAGUCCAAAAAAAAAAAGACUGCUCUGAUGAAAAUUCAAUUUAAAAAAAUAAAAUAAAAUACAUUUGCUGUUCUUCAGACAACACAAAACAUGGAAACAUGGCAGGUGUUUCAGCUCUGUUGAGGCCGCCAUGAAUUAAUUGUUUUCUCUUCAAAGAUGCUAAGGUGCUUCGGGACAUUCGCAGAGAAAUAGUUUCCAUGCACUUGCCAAAACAGGCACCUC